AUGCUCGAGUCACCUCCUCCCCCUCCCUCCCCUUUCCCCCCACCCCUCCGCCUCCACCCCUCCCCCCUCCCCACCGCACCUGGUUUACGACACUCCCGGCUUUACGACAUCACCUUCCUUACACCUAGAGGCGCUCGCUCUACGGCCGGAACCUUGUUGCUAGGGAUCGGGCGGUUUGCGGCAACCGUGGGCACUGCUGAAUUUGAAUUGAGGGGCGAGGGAAAAGUUUUCCUCAGGUGUGGUGGGGUGAGGGAGGCGGGUGCCGGGAAACCGUGGGGACGUGGUCAGAAAGGCGACGGGCUGUCGGAGUUGGAAAGGGCCUACUGCAGUGCAUGAAGGUGGUAUGGACUCAGAACUCUGAAGUCUGAGGAGACAAAUACAUGCCCACCAUAACAACAUCACACAAUACCUAGAGUCAAAACAGUUAUCCCUAUUCCUACCCCCAACUGAGUUAUUCAAUAAAGCCUGCAUUAUUGAA